AUACCGUCGCAUCCCUACCGGGAGCCAACCUGCAUCUCUGAGUUAAACGGGCAUCACUGCCUGAAGGCUGAACGCAAUCAUUAUCGGAUAUUAUUAAAGUAAUCGGAGAAAUAUAACGGAUUCAUGAUAAAGUGCGCAUAAAAGGAGAUGGCAUUGUUCCGGGCAUUGCCCGUCGGAAUCGGCGCGACGUCGAAGAUUAUCUCACGGAGUGUUCCGACCGUGUUUUAUCACGCAAACGUAAUAGAUCACUACGAAAAUCCGAGAAAUGUUGGUUCCUUGGAUAAGAAUGAUGAACAAGUUGGGACAGGUCUUGUAGGAGCACCGGCUUGUGGUGAUGUGAUGAAACUUCAGAUCAAGGUCGAUAAAGAUGGCAAGAUAAUUGAUGCAAAAUUCAAGACUUUUGGUUGUGGUUCAGCUAUUGCUUCAAGUUCUUUAGCAACGGAAUGGGUUAAAGGAAAAACUGUGGACGAAGCAUUGGCAUUGAAAAAUACUGAUAUUGCAAAAGAGCUUUGCCUUCCACCUGUCAAGCUACACUGUUCGAUGCUUGCCGAGGACGCAAUUAAGGCUGCUCUGUCAGAUUACCGCAUCAAACAACAGUCAAAGACUAAAGAGACGAAGUAACGAGACUCGAAUCUAUAUAAUAGUUGCUUUCCAUUUACACAAGUGAAACUGAGUCUGAAGUGAGCUGAGUAUUUUAUACUCAGAUUAAUGAUGUCAUUAUUUGCUUACUUUGGUAAAAAGUUAUCACAUGACAACACAGGUUUUCAUAACUUUACAUUUAAAGUGAGUUUACGAGACUCAUUAAUGCACACGGUCUCGAUCUUAUGCAGAUUAUAGGCAAAAACUCAGUUAAGUCUCACUUGUCAAAAUGCAACAGGAACGCGCAUUCAACUGAGUUAUGACGUCACAAGUGAGAAUUAUCAGAGAAUCGGUGUAAAUAGAAAGCAACUAAUAUAUAUGUAUAACUCGUAAAACUCGUGCUUUGUGAACACGCGCGUAUUUUUUAGUCUUUCUCCGUAAUGAUGAACGGAAAAAUAUAAUAUUGUGAUAACAGCAU